UCGAAUCGGUUGAUGUUGCUUCUUCAACUUUUAUUUCGAUUUGAAUACUGUUUAACGAGGAAGUAAAGCGCGCAUUGUUUAUUAACCGAAUACGAGUCAGAAUCCCAGACGAAAGUGCCUUUGUGGGUGUGUGUUGAAUCAAAAAAGUGUCGCCUCAGUUGAGUGCUGGCAUGCAAGUCAUGAUCUUGGCUCACAGCCGGCACCUUGAUGACGCAUUUCUUGGCAAGCGCAGAUCCACAUAAACACCAACGGCAACUGCCAUUUACCUGUGUAUUGUAUCUGUAUCUGUGCCUGUAUCUGUGUCUGUGUUACUAAGCAAAAGAUGCUCGUAAAAACGCUUGGCGCGCAUUUUGCAGCCGGGCAAAAUGCAAAAAAAUGCAGCUGCUCCGCUCUGCUGAUUCCCCUGCUCUGCAUAUUACUCCUAAGUCUAAGCCCUCUACCAGCAAGCAGUCAUGUCACUAGCGCUGGAUCUUCACAGGGGCUAUCUUCCGAUCCCCACCUAGUGCUGGUCAACAAAUGCUGCGAGAAGUUCGAGAUACACGUGGACCAUGAGUGCCAGCAGGUCAACGAAACGGACUACUUCCAGCCGAUGUUCACCAGCUAUGGAGGAGAGCAAAACAGGCCCGUCAACUUCAAAUUCGUCAUCGGUAUUCCAAAUUGUGGAUCCAUGCAGAUGUGGCCCAUAUACCACUAUGCUGGCAGCUCUGAUAAACUAGUGUUACUGGAUGAUGGGAGGCUAAGGCAUUACACCAAUGCAGAAAACGAGGGAGACGAGCGUCGUGGAAUACAGUCGGAUUAUGAGGAGGAUAUUGGCGUCAGUCUGGAGCCGCUAUACCAUGACUACGAUAAGGGAUUGUAUUGCAUUGACAAGACCACUUCCAGUACUGGGGAGGAAAAUGUGCUCUUCGCCAAGAUUUGCUUGGCCCGCAAGGAGAUCAAGUGGAGUGAUUCCAACUUCCUGCUUCGCAAAAUCUUAAACCCAAUAUUCCAUGGCAUCUCGCUUAUUAUUCUGCUGGUCAUCGCCAUCAUCUAUUUUAUACUCCCUACUCUCAGCAGAGAUCUGGUUGGCAACAUAGUAACAACGAUAGCCGUGUGCCUUAUGGUAAGCCAGGCAGCGGACCUGGUGAGAAUAUUCACCGAGUUUACCAGCCAUGUGAGCUUCAUUGUGGCAGACAUUAUUCUGUGCUUCAGCCUGUUAGCAGCCUUCUUUUGGCUGAACAGUUUCGGUUUUUACAUUUGGAAGACCUUUCGUUCGAGGAACGUCUUCCUGCGAGUCACGGACGGCAGGAAGUACUGCUACUAUUCCGCGUAUGCUUGGGGAUGCACAGCUACGAUGGCGGCGCUGGCCGUCUUUGCACAUUUCUUCCUUGACGCCGACUCCUACAAACAGGAGCACAUGGUGGGCGAGCAGGAGACGAUCGGCUGGCUUGGCAUCUGCAUAUUCUUUGCGCCAAUUGCUUGUACCAUUUUGGUCAACAUAUUCUUCUAUGUGACCACCAGGAAGCUAAUCAACCGCCGGACGGUAUACGGCCGCAUUGCGCACAAGUUGAAGGCCAAUUUCAUCAUGUUCUCGUUGAUGUUGUUGGUAAUGUCGAUAGCCUGGCUAUUCCUCAUAAUGUCCUGGUUGCAAAUGGAAGGUCUGCUUUAUGCCCACAUCGUAGUCAACGCGCUGCAGACACCGCUGUUGCUUUACAUCUGCGUGCUGCGCCAGCGACAUGUAACGUUUCUGCUAAAGAAGACCUGCUGCUACAAUGAGCCGCCCUCGGCAAACGACUGGGGCGAUGAGCUGCAUUACAUGAACGGCAACGAUUACUGAGGAGCCACCGUCCACACUAAUAUAAGUGUUUUCGUAGUUUAGCAAUGUCCAACAUUGAGAUUUGUACUUAAUUUUAACUAAUUUAUGCUGUACGAGAUAGUUAUUAAAAGAGAAG